AUGGCGGAUUGUGAAAAAGCGGUCGAAUCAGGAGGUGCUGAAGGCGAGGAGAAGAAACUCUCAAAGAAAGAGCUGAACAAGCUCGCUAGACAACAGAAGAAGGCAGAGAAGAAGCAUGAGAGUGCAAGCUCAAAUGCUAAAGAAAAUGAAGCGGGUGAUGUGGGCGAACAGGACGUAUCGAAAGGCUUGUAUGGCACGUAUCCACUGAUGCAGUCUGCUGAAAAGAAACACCUCGAUUUUGUUGAUGUCAAAGACGUGACUGCCGAGAAAGUUGAUAAAGAGGUGUGGAUCCGUGGACGUUUGCAUACAUCACGUAGUAAGGGUAAAACGUGCUUUGUUGUGGUACGUCAGCGCGUACAUAGCAUUCAAGCGAUGCUCUUUGUUGGGGAUAAAAUUAGCAAACAAAUGCUCAAAUUUGUAUCGAAUAUACCGAAGGAAUCGAUAAUCGAUGUGCUUGGAACAGUUCGUAAAGUAGAUCAAGAGAUCACAAGCUGUACCCAAAAAGAUGUGGAACUGCAUGUGCUUCAAGUGCAUGUUGUUAGUACGGCUGAGCCAGUGCUUCCACUCCAAAUCGAAGACGCCUCACGUGCUAAAGAUGAUGAAUCUGGUCUUUCGGUUGUCAACCUUGAUACCAGACUUGAUAACAGAGUGCUCGAUCUGCGUACCGUGACCAGUCAAGCUAUAUUCCGUCUGCAAGAUGGUGUUUGUGAGUUGUUCAGAAAUACGCUCAAAAAGCGCGGAUUCACCGAGAUUCACACUCCGAAGAUCAUCUCUGCAGCGAGUGAAGGUGGAGCGAACGUUUUUGAGGUAUCAUACUUCAAAGGAUCAGCGUAUUUGGCACAGUCACCUCAACUCUACAAGCAAAUGGCUAUCGCAGCUGACUUCGACAAGGUGCUUCGUUUUGCUCUGGUAUACACAGUGGGAGCAGUGUUUCGUGCAGAAGACAGCAAUACUCAUCGUCAUCUCACUGAAUUUGUUGGUCUCGAUCUUGAGGUCGCAUUCAAGUUCCAUUAUCACGAGGUUGCACUUCGUUUCAUCUCUGUUGUUGAGACGAUAGGUUCAGUAAUGAAUGAUAUCUUCAAAGGACUUCAAGCAAACUAUGCACAUGAAAUUGAAAUGGUCGGUAAACAGUAUCCUUGUGAACCGUUCGAAUUUGUUGAACCAGCUCUUGUCCUGAAAUAUCCCGAUGCGGUAAAGCUGUUACGUGAGCAUGAUGUUGAGAUCGGUGAUGAAGACGAUCUGAGCACACCGGUCGAGAAGUUUCUCGGUAAGUUGGUGAAGGAGAAGUAUCAUACGGACUUCUAUAUCCUCGACAAAUAUCCGCUAUCAGUUCGACCGUUCUACACGAUGCCCGAUCCAAAAGAUAAUCGAUAUUCGAAUAGUUACGACAUGUUCAUGAGAGGUGAAGAAAUCUUGUCGGGUGCCCAGCGAAUUCACGAUCCAGACUUGUUGAUUGAACGUGCAAAACAUCACAAGAUAGAUCUUGAGAAGAUUCGUUCAUAUGUGGAUGCGUUCCGUUACGGAUGUCCUCCGCACGCUGGCGGUGGAAUUGGUCAGUUCGUUUUUAGUUGA